GGCACGCCUGCCAGAACGCAUCGUUUCAACUUUCGUUCUUACUGUAUUAAUUCUCUGAAUGACAGUAACAAGGGGGGGUGGGAACCUUCUGAAAUGAAGCAAAAGAGAUCUGAGAAACUAAAUCUGCAGGGGAAAAGGAGACUAAAACCACAGUUUUAGUGAAACAGCCAGACUUUGGGAGCUGGGAGGCAGAGGGAGGAAAAAAGGCUGGGCUUAAGCAACCUGCUACCGGGAUGUAGACAAAGGCGGUUUGAAAGGCAGAGAACGAGGCGGGAUCAGUAGCUCUAUCAGCAUGGGGAGUGCGCCAGCCGCUGGAUUCCCGGGAUGAAACCGGAUGAAUUCACAGUGUCUCCUUCAGGGCACGAAUUACUGGAGUAUGCACCAAAAUAAGAACUCAGAGAAAAAAGUAAGUUUGGGAGAGGACUUAGAUUUUGACGGUCUUUGAAAUCUCCUCUUGGAGGCAUGCCUUCAUUGAUGCGUUACCUCUUUAUAGUUUCUGUCUCUUGUGUAAUCAUUUUUAUCGUGUUCUAUGUGUUCAAUUUUGGGGGCGAGCAAGGCUUCCAGAGGCUAAAUAACUCGGACACUUUGAUGCUGAGUCAAGUUUGCAUAUCCUUUAUCAGUGGCAAAACACCUUUCCUCUGGAGAAACAAACUCAUGAUCUAUGAGACGUCUUCUUGCAAGGAAUACCUGGCUCAAAGCCACUACAUCACGGCGCCGUUAUCUAAAGAAGAAGCUGAAUUUCCUUUGGCAUAUAUCAUGGUCAUCCAUCACAAUUUCGACACCUUUGCAAGGCUCUUCAGAGCUAUUUACAUGCCUCAGAAUAUCUACUGUGUUCACGUGGAUGAGAAAGCGACAGUUGAAUUUAAAGAUGCAGUGGAGCAGUUACUGAGCUGCUUCCCGAAUGCUUUUCUGGCUUCCAAGAUGGAACCCGUGGUCUAUGGUGGGAUCUCCAGGCUCCAGGCUGACCUGCACUGCAUCAAGGAUCUUGCAGCCUUGGAGGUUCCGUGGAAGUACGCCAUCAACACCUGUGGGCAAGAUUUCCCCCUGAAAACCAACAGGGAGAUAGUUCAGUAUCUGAAAGGAUUUAAAGGGAAAAACAUCACCCCAGGGGUGCUGCCUCCAGCUCACGCAAUUGGACGGACUAAAUAUGUCCACCGAGAGCACCUGGGCAAAGAGCUUUCCUAUGUGAUAAGAACUACAGCACUGAAACCGCCUCCUCCCCACAAUCUCACCAUUUACUUCGGUUCUGCCUACGUUGCCCUGUCAAGAGAGUUUACCAACUUUGUUCUCCAUGACCCACGGGCUCUUGACUUGCUCCAGUGGUCCAAAGACACCUUCAGCCCGGAUGAACAUUUCUGGGUGACGCUUAAUAGGAUUCCAGGUGUUCCUGGCUCCAUGCCAAACGCAUCGUGGGCCGGGAACCUCAGAGCUGUAAAGUGGUUUGACAUGGAAGAUAAACACGGAGGCUGCCACGGCCACUACGUCCAUGGCAUUUGUAUCUAUGGAAACGGAGACUUAAAGUGGUUGAUUAAUUCGUCAAGCCUCUUUGCUAACAAGUUUGAGCUCACUACGUACCCCCUUACUGUGGAAUGCCUAGAGCUGAGGCUUAGAGAAAGAACCCUAAAUCAGAGUGAAAUUGCAAUACAGCCCAGCUGGUAUUUUUGAUCUACUGCCACUCACGACUGAAGGAAAAUCGCAGCUGGAAAGGAGAGCUUUUCUUUGUGAGAAAAACUUAGCGUGGGUUACAUGAACAGUCUCAGGGCCAAGGUUAUGGCUUCAGGACCUGACUACAUUAUUACAUGUUAAAAUAUUCUCUGGACACCGUGAAAUAUGCUGUCAGGGUGGUUGUGCAGAGUGAUGCUGGCGCUUUGGCCACUCUGCCAGUUUCUUGAGGCUCAUCUCUGCAUCAGGCUAAUGUUCUGAUCAGUGAUAAAUAACUGUCCUCAGAUUUGCAUCUGAUCUUCAUCGUAUAUAAAUGUUCUAAUGAAAAGGAGAAUUGUGGAUAAUACUAUUUAGGAGAAAAAGAACUGGGUUUCUUUGAAGAAGGAAUCUUUUAUAACAGAUCUCUAGCCACACAUUGGUGGAUAUCCCCUGCUCUUUGCUUACCUGCAUGUAGGCAUAGAAAUCGCUUUUUGGGUAACUGACCAAUCUCCUUUACAACUUGAGCUCCUAGAACUGAGAACUAGAUCUUGUUCCUGAGUUUCAACAGUAGCAUUUUCAAGUUUCCUGUGUCUAAAGUUCUGGAUAGAAUUUAAAGCCAUUCACAGGAAACAGAAUUGGAGACAGCAGUCGCUGCCUGCCUCUUCAGUAAAAGGCCCCCGGGGGGAAUCCGUUUCUUGAAUAUUUGUCGGAAUGUGCUCUGAUCCGUCUUUCUUGUUUUCCAUUGAGAACAUGGAAAAGUUCUUGAAGCAUGAAGAAUUUCUAGAAGAGAGGUGCUAUUGCAUGGGUUUAGCCUCAAGCCUUGAAUAUCUCAGAGUAAAUCACUUUCCUUUAUUGCCACUACUCUCCACCCCGACCAAAGUGAUCUUAUCUGCAAAGUGGAGACCAAAUUCUGUCCCGUGAGCCUUUAAGGAGUCCAUAGUGUGCUCUGGGUAGCUUUGCAAUGCCUGGGGGUCAUAGGAGUGCCUGGAUUUUUAAAAGCUUUCAAAUGUGUGUGAGCCUUUUGGUCACUUCGUCCCAUUCAUGUAUCCAAUUCAUUCAUUCAGCAUCUGGUCAAUAAGUAUUUCUUGAGUGUUUAUUAUACACCAGACACAUGCAGAGACAAGGAGGAGAAGUAAGUCAGAAGCUUUUCCACUCUAAAAGUCCUGGCAAUAACGUCCACGUUGGAAAGGCUGCUCUAGAGAAUCUCACAGGGUGGUUGUAUUUUAACACCUUCAUGUGCGGGGUUGUAGACUGUGAUACCAGGCCCAGGAUAUCAGAAAUUACAAAGUGAGGUCUAAAUCAGAGAUUAUUCCCAAGAGAGAAGGGAAGGAGGAGACGGAAGCCACAGCCGAUUGUGUUCUGUAGGUGUUCUGCUUGCUCCUUUAUGUCUCAUGGCCUUCAAAUCUCACAACGCUCUCGGGAAGCUCUCAUGAUCUGUCUGAGAAUCGGGAUUCUCUUAUUGGUCUCCUCUGUUCAUUUCCUGAGGUGGAACAUUUAGAGAAGGUGAAGUAAAGCCAUAUUUAGCAUCCCAGAAUGGUCUCAGUGUUAAUAUUGAGAAAACGUCCUGUCACAUCAGAAAAAUGUGAAGUCUACUCUUAUAUUCCAUCCAGUUCCUUGAUAUUUAUUUAUUCUAAUGAACAACAGUAACUACAAUUAAUGAUACAUUUAAUCCACGCAACGGUAUUUUUUUCUGUAAUUGUGCCUGUUGAAUGUUAAUCACAUUUAAUGACUUUGAAUUUAAUGACUUCUAGUGACUUUGAAGUAAAGCCGCCUUUUUUCCUGCUACCGAAAAAAAAAAAGAUGGAACUGUAUUGGUUGAUGAAGAGUCCAGGGGUAGGGAACACACCCAGAGCUAAAGGCAGAAUCUGAAGAUACCUUUUUUUUCAACUAAUUUACAUGACACCACUUGAGAAGAAGGGUUGCUUUACACUGGAUCUUUCUCUUGUAGAACAAGAAAUCUUUUGGAAUAGAAGAUGUUUACAUGUCCGUUGUUGGUCAUUUCUUCUAUGUCUAAAGUACUUUAAUAUUGGAAGAGUGUAGUGUUUGGACUAGUGGAUUUCUGCUAGCCCUUGCAGGUGCCCUGAAAACUUUGUUUUCGAUGAUGUUCCGUGUUGUUUUCUUGGAAAUAAAUUAAUAUAUUGU